UUAGCCAAUCAGAUUCCUGCAUAGCAGCAACAACAACCACGUCACUUCCUUCUUUUGGAAAGGAUGCAAAUGUAAACAAAUAUAAAGAGAUUGCACCAGCAUAAAUGCAACAGCUAUUCUGCAUGCAUCCAUGAUCACCACAGAUUGUAAACAACGUCGCCCAUCAGUUUUUCUAAAGCGUUGUUUUCAGGGGCGAAUUCUCUGUUUGCGUUUAAACGAGGGGUGCAAAGGACGGUUAAUGUCUCAAUUGUAACGAGGACUUUAUCAUGUGUUGAUAUUUUUCCCUCCAAAGGGCUGGUAAUGGCUAGUUAGUGGAAGACAAACUUGGUUUUGAAAGUGGUUGUGUGCUGAAAUGUAACUUUGUCUGAAAAAUUGGUUCAGAGAAAGUAAAAAAAUUGUUUGAUGUUUUACAAGAAACUGGGGUGCAGAUUUAGAAGAAAAAGUGUCUGUUUUAGUGAAGUUGCUAUGAGCUGCUUUUUUUUUUCAACAUCAUGUCAUAUUACUUCACAUUGGUUACUCAGACUCUCCAUCUCUGCUUUUGCUUUACAUGUAGUGGUGGGUGACUGAAAUACAGGCUGACUUUUCCAACACAAACACCUCCCACUCUCUCCGUCUAACUUCACUUUCAUGAGAAAAGAAAUUGUUAAACAAAGAGACGCAGUGAUGCAAAAGCGCACAGGUAGGGAGCUGCGAUCAUGAGCAUGAGCUGAAGGAUUAUUACAGACUAAAGGGAAAAAGGUUACUCCGUAUUUCUGCACUGUGUAACCAAAUUUUAAAAACCUACAUCACAGAGCAAAAAAUAUUCUGCGUUAUAAGCACACACAUCCGAAUACUAAUAAAACAUCCAUAUCACCUCCACAAUUAGUUUUUAUGGGCAACAGCGAACUGCUCGAGAAUCUCAUCUCCUGAUCAUGCCAAUUAAAGCACGUGCAAUGAAGAUCAUGUAUUAAUUCAUUUAGAUGCAAACUGGAGGUAUAAAGACAGGAGAUACUCUGCUACUUUACUGCAAGGACUUGCAUUUAGAUCCAUAUUUAUUCAUACUGAACAUUAGCUUAACCAGCAGGACUUGUCUGCUUUUGACACAGAACUAAAACUUAAACAAAUUACUCCAGGAGUUACUCAAGUGAAAUAAUUUAUACAGAAUAUUUUAUUCGAUGAAAAGUUUCAACACAUUUAUCCCCUGGAGCCUCCAAUCUGCAAGUUGCACUUCAACAUUAAACAUCCUUUCUGCUCCUCCAUAAAACAGUGCUAUCCCUCUGUUUUCAUCACUUCACUGUGUGGUUUCACUGCUAAAGUAUCAAAUUCACAGCUCAUAAACACAGAGUCAAUAUUUCUAUUAAAGCUUUGAUAUGCUUCACCGUUCCCUACGACAGCGAUAGCUUUACUUCACUUGUUAUUUGUGAGUCUUCCAGCCAGAAAACAAGUGUAUGGGGAGCUCUCCGUGUGUAGCUUCAAAGAUCAGUAAGCGGAAAUGAAUAAUUUUUCAAAGUGUGGUUGUUUAUGUUGUCUGUCUGUCUGACUUUGUUUGUACACAGGAGAACUCAGUGUCAAACCUCCAUUUCUGAUGUCUGUAUUUGAAAACUUGUUUUACCAUCUGAUUAUACCACAGUAUAGGGGCAAAAAAGUACAUCACACAAUAGUAUUGGGUGGUAUGACAGUAUCUAAGUGUCUAAAGAAAUUUUGCUAUACCGUUUAUACCAGAGAAAGAAAGCUGCAUCUCUCUGAGUCAGUGUGUAGUGGUCUGCGCUCGCUAACAGGAAAACCGGUUUGGGUGCAAAGUUUGUUCGCUCCAGUUGAUUUCGUCAGGAUUGGGUGCGCUCCCUGAAAUCACCAGCGUGUCCAGCGGACUGCUUGGCAUAGUUUCGACGAAGAAGAAACAGCUUCACUAGUGGUGGUCAUGGCGGAUGAGGAGAUUGGUGGCAGUACCGAGCAAAUGGAGGCAGCCUGACCCACCCAACAUGAGGAAGAGGAGGAGGAGAUUGUUCUGAAAAAAGGCGCGAGUCGCAACAUCAGUUGUCUGGAGAUUCUUCAGAUUUAGAAAAUCCGACAAUGAUCAAAAGACAAUACAAUACAAAGAGUGUCGUGUGGCUGUUGUUGCUGGAGGUGGAAACACCAGAAACCUCUUCCACCACCUAAAGAUAAAAACACACCAAGCUCUAUUAUAAGAGCUAAAAGAUGCGUUGCACACCUGCUGCACCAUUUGUUUACAAAUCAGAGUUAAAAAAAAUAAAAGGAAAAUGAACAAAUGCGGCAGUAUGGUUAUUUAAAGCCAUUAAUUGAAUUUACAGGGGAAAAAACAUACUGUGAUAUAAACAGUUACCGUGAUAUGAAAUUACUCAAACCGUGAUAUCAACACUAUCACACAAUAAUUCCAAACUUGCCAGAGUGAUCCCACAGUAUCGACACCCACUGGUCCGGCAUGCAUGGUUGUGUGGUUGUUUUCAGCUUGUUGUGGUUGUUGGACAAACUCUUAUGUCCUAUGAAAACAGCCUUUGAGGAGUUGAAUCAUUUUUGACAGUUUAAGUGUCUUCUAGUUUGUCAUCUUAUCUUAAUAGCAGCUGUGAUAAUCCAUAAAAACUGCACUGUGACAUCUUUGUUGAAGAAAUAUUCACCAGUCGCGGGCCAAAAGUUAAUCCAUUUGGGUACAAGUGAAGAGACACAGGUCUUUAAUUUUAGGCUCAUGAUUGUAGUUGUACGUCCAAACGUCACUCUGAGUGCUGCUCUAAUGGCCCGUCAUACAUCUGCCACAAGACUCUUUCAGACAGACUAUUUGACUUCUGUUGUAAUAACCAUCGAUUUUCCAUUUCCAUUUUUCUCAGGGACAAAGUACUUUUGUGUGUCCAUGUUUGUGUGUAUGAGGGAAUUGUUUGACUCUUUGAAAUCAUCUUUCUUCAAAAAAAAAUACAACAGCGUUCAACUUGUGUUGAAGAAAAUGUCAUACUAACCUCCAAAAAGUAUGAAUGUAGCAGCUGGACAAGUGGCCGAUCUGUCAAUCUUUCUGCCACGGCAGACAAAAGGAUGAUGGGAGUAAAAUCAGUAAAAGCAGCUAUUUAGUAGUUGCUCAGCAGGCAACUCUGCAGCGCAUUCAUUUUUGAUUUGUUGCAGCUUUGAGUGCUGUGCUGACAGUCGCACAACCUCCUCUGAGUGUGGGUCAUACACCAUUAUCAAAUCACUUACCCUUUUCUUCACACCCUGACAAAGGCCCAAACUGGAAGGCUAAGGUGUGUGCGGUGCUUUCAUUAUGGUUUAAUUCUAUUGAGACCCCCUCCCAAAGUACUUUCACCCGUUCUGUCUUAUAAUUGAUUGCGAGAACUGAUUUCUAAGUGCAACUUUGUUCUGAACAACUUUGUUCCUGGAAAGCGAACUGCGGAUGAUGUAUUCAGUUUGAUGGUGACAAAAGGGUCGUGGAGGGUAUGAAGAAAUCUGGUCAUGUCAAAUCACAAAAAACAAAAGUCUUUUGUUCAGCUGUUGGAUCUAAUGGAAGUUAAAAGUGGCUACUGAGAUGAAUUUAAAGUGGUAUUUUAUUCAAAGAGUGAUUGGUGUUCAGGCUUGAUCAUACUUUUAUCAUACACCGUCACUUUUGGAAAAACUUUAUCACUGCUGAUAGUUACUGCGGCCCUUUACUCAUAAUGGGCCACAAUUAACAAAAAUCGAUGUAUAGAUAAUUACGUGAACUACUUAAAUGAAUAAUUUUAAUUGCUCCUUUUAUGGGUCUACUUGUACCUCUUUACGAGUCCUAAUGCUGAUGGAAUUAAUUCUGCCAUUAGGAGCUAUUACGUGCAGCAGGAAAGUACAGGAAGAAAUUUAUAAAAUCUUAGUUAUAUGGUGAGGUACAAAGUGUUUUUCCAGUGUGAGAUACAAUGUAUUGCAUGCUAGAUGAAAAAGAGCUUUACUGCAGGAUAUGAUGCGAUGAAGCCUGCAUGCAUUGUGUAUGAAUUACGAUAAAAUAAGUACGUACAGUAGAUAAUGCACUGGACAACAACUGUUUUCUAGUCCAUGAGCUCAUGUGAUAAGACCCUGGCCAUUUUUGAAUUCGCCUACUAUACUAGCAGUACUACUUCUCCUCAUCCUUUAUACAGUACGGUACGUGUGAAACUAUCGGGACAUAGGGAAAUAAGACCAAACCACGAAGACGCCAUCAGUUAACACGUUUAGCGAAGAUGCAACUUCUUUCAUUUAAGCAGGAAACGAGGACAACAUAACUGACAUAACUUUGUUGUGUUUUCAGUGCCGUGAUGAGAAUCAAAUGCCACCAGAUCGACGAGUAAUGGCAUAGACAGAACAUGUUUUGAUGGCUGGCAUCGGGCUAAAUAAAUCCAGAAAAAAUCAAAUCAGAACACAAAACAUAUUUUUUUGAGUGCGUAAAUGAAUGGGCAACACUGUGGUGAGGUUGCAAUUUACCAGGGUAACGAUGGACUUUUCUAUACCGGAAACCAGCUGAACUGGGCCAAGCAUACUACAUAAUAGUAGCCGACUUGCAGUCAUACUGCAUAUGAGAGCGGUCUUCCAACAACAAAGCUCUCAACAACUUUUGCUAAUAAAUUCAUAAAACUAUUUCAACAAAGCUGGGUGAUCUUACUAUUUACUUUUUUUCAAACUUAAAUUUCCAUUGUUUGAUAUAUGUAAAACUUUAACUCCAGCGUCAGAGUUCAAAAUGAUCAAAUCGCUUUGUCUCAUUUUAAUCACUCAGUGGUAUUCAGCUACACAACUUCCUGUGGGUUGUCUGCUUUGUGUCACAUUUGAAAAUGGUUUGUGAGACUCACUGUGGCUUCAAGCAAACUGAUGAGGAGUGAUUCACUGGAUUAAUGAAGAAAAAUAAAUCUGGUGCUCGAGCCCCAAGACUGUUUUGGUGGGUACGAAUCUAGCUCAAUAUUCAUUUUGUCUAUUAAAAAGCUCAUUAGCAUCAAAGUGUCAUAAUUAUUUUUUUUUUCCAAAAGCAAAUCUGCGUCAGACUAAUAUGUUUUGCUCUUCUUUUCCCAUUUGUUUCCCACAGCUCAUUUACAUUUAUCAGUAAAACACUGUGCUGGAUGGGCUGUUCAUAUAUGAACUUGACACACACUGUCACCACUUUCCCAUUUAAGACCCCAGCAGCUACAAUAAAGACGUUUUCUAGUCUAAUACUUGCCUAAGGCUCUGUGAAAAUGCAUCAAAUAAAUAAUCAAUAUAGAGAGAGUAUGAACCACAACUGUCUACUGAAACAGUGCAAAGUUUCUUUGCAAAAGCAGAUGUUUUUUUUUUUUUUUUUUCACCAUGUCAGACAGUUUUGGCUCAAUGGGGCAGCCGUGGCUCAGUGGUGGAGUCAGUCAUCUCUCAGUCGGGAGGUCAGGGGUUUGAUCACGAGUCCUGCUGUCUACAUACCUAAAAGUGUCUUUGGGCGAGACACUUAACCCCAAACUGCCCCUGCUGGCUGUGCCCAGCUGUGUGUGUGAAUGGGAUUAGUCAAUACUGAUGGGUUUGCUUAGCAGCCUCUGGCAUCAGUGUAUGGAUGUGGUUUGAAUGGGUGAAUGUAAAAAGCACUUUGAGUGGUCGAAAAACUAGGGGAGGCACUAUACAUACACAGUCCAUUUGCUUUUCUCUCUUUUUGUUAUUUUACCAUUUAUGAACCUAGACUGAAAAAGUUUCACUUCAUUAGUUCCUUGACUACUUAUCAUAUUAGACCACAGCUGGCUCUCUUAAAUAGUUGUCUGUUAUUUUGGGGUCAUCAACAUUGACAUAUUCUCAAGAAAAACAUAUUAAGAGUUUUAAAAGGCGCACAAAAACCCAACGUAACAUAAAACAUAACUCGAAAGCAGCGUAUAAACCAUAGACUGUAUAUACUAUGGACAACUUGGUUCCGCCUUCUGCCAGUAUACAGAUUUGAAGCCGAAAAGCUCUCGGUAUUUCCACGAUUUUUCUCCAUUUCCUUAAACCAACAUUGCGCUGUAGCGUUAUAUGCACUUCACCACUUGCGCAGUAGCAUUGUACGCAUUCAGCGGGAGAGUUGCUGUGAUGACGCUGGCUCAAACAGCGUAUCCCCCGGGUAUGGUAUUGACCUUAAAUAUUGCUUGAAAGCCAGUUAGGCACAGUUUAAGCAGCUCUCAGAGCAGAAUACAAAAUCGCUGUCAAGUUGGAAAUUAGGUCAUUAAAAAGGGCAUAAAAUUAAGCUUCACAUUUGGUUUUAUAUCACUUGGAUCAACGUGUUUUGUUUUUUAAUGAGCUUUAUGAAUACACAAUCUGAUUUAAUUUUACUUUAAGUAGAGAAGUAAAACAUGGCUUCGGCACCUCCUGCUUGGGUAAUUAUUGAACGUUUUUUUAAACUACGAUCUUUUCCUAACCGUUACAAGAAAAGUUUUGAUGCCUAAAUCUAAGCAAAGGUAUGUCAAACCUCCAGCCUGUCAAAAAAUUAUAGACAUUUAAAACUAACCAUCUUAGUGAACUCUGAAAGGUCAACAAGUAUAAUGAAGUUAAUGAUUAUAUUUUGAAACAUCAGUUCAUUAUCUAGAAUCAUCUAUAUGUAAAUAUAUUAACCACUCAAGCUCAUAUCGAGUGUCUUCACUGUUUUCCUCUGCAUACUCCUGUGUCUAAACAUUCCCAAGGUGUGCUCUUCAGCCGUGACAUCUUGCUUACGGGCAAACCUCCACAUGCGACAGCGAGGUUUUUUUCUGCUCCGUACACAUUUCUCCCCCUAUUCGCUUCCGACCAGCGAGGCAUUGAGAAAAUCCCUCCAAUCCAGAACACAUUUCACAUCUCUCCUCUCUUUCUUCCACCUCUUCCCAUGUUUUACAAUUGAUAUGAAAUAGCCUUUCGAUUACACAGCAAUGUUUCUAUAGGCUAGUUCGGUGGAGAUUGCCUUUGUUAGAAGCGGGAGUGAACAGGAGCACUUGAAAUUCUGAUGGAAGGUCUCUAACAAGAGUCCCCACAGGGCUCUGUCAAUUGCUUGCACUCCUCUGUCCUGGUUGACGUUGGUAUCUUCAGACAUAUAUAAAAAAACCACCUGUAGACAUUUGCUAUACUAUCCAAUUAGAAGACAGAGAUAAAAUUAUGCUCCCCUUUUCCAGAGAUAUCUAACGAAAAACAUCUCACAUCCAUUCACCUGCUGCCUCACUGUUAUCUUGUAAGAGGAUUUCUGUGAAAAUUGCACACAGACCAAGUGAAUCACACAAAGCGAGCAGACUUCAGAUCAACUGCUGGAUUUUUAUUUUUUUUUUCAGCAAUUAUUAUGAGCAAGAUUUUUUACUGUCGGCCCCUGGCAUGAAUGCAAAUGAUUGCUGCGAGGAAUCAUGUCAUAGCGAGAAAAAUAACCUUGUCAUGUUUGGCUGAAAAAAACCUGCAGGAAAAUCCACUUUCUCUAUGCUAAACAAGUGGCACCACGACACGUAGCUUUAAAAUGCUGUAUGAGGAGAAUCAAGGCGUUUUACUUGGUUACAAAUGUGUUUGAAUUAUUCAGCGCUGUUCUUUCUGAAAUAGAAUGAAGACUUUAAUCAAAAUGGCCCCGCUGAAUAUAUUUUCUUUUCUUCCUAUUAUUUUAGAUUUUCUCCAUGCGAGGCGUCCCUCUCUGCGCUCGUGCAUAAAUUACAUCAUCAGUUUUCCUGUAUUAAAGAUGAGCUGCUGCAUAAUCAACUAAAGCUCACUGUCAUAAUGCUAAGCUAAGGUAACUUGUCUUAAGUCGAUGUCAAAAUACUGUAAUUCAGCAUGGGUUACAGCAGUGUGUUUUCUUUUAAACUGCUUGUUGCCAUGUCAACACCGAGCUACUGUACAAAACCACUGGAGAUCAGUACGACGGAGUUUUAGGGCCACAUUAAGAAAAGAAAAACAUUUAGACCUAGCGAGAAUAAAGUCGUAGCCCAUUACUAUUUUAACCUGUUGUUAGUUGUUUAAAUGAGCGCUGUGGAGCAUUUAGAUGAAUUGAACUUCAGUAGCUAGGUUUCACAAACAAGGAGAUGAAUCCUUUGGCGUUUCAGCAUCACAUUAUCAUAACUAUCAGGACAUACGCAAGAAAUGCAUCUUUUCCGCAGAAAGAACCAGGCGGACUUGUAGGGAAUCGCUGUUUUUGAGGAGGGGGAAAUGGCUGGAAAUGGCUGUGCAGAGGCUAAAUUCCCCUGAUGCAGCCGUUUAUAGCAAUAGCAUGUGGCUUUAGUUUAUCGUAUGAAUCUAUAUGCCAUAAGGUGUUGGUGCCUCUGCAGGUGUAGGUCGCUGCCAGUGUUGUGCCGGCAUCAGAGACAGACGCAGUUCUCGUCAAAGCUCGACUCCCGCUUUAUUCAAAUCUGCCUCAAGGGCUCUGUUUUUUUCAACUGCUUCUCCAAACAUCAACCAUGCCUUUAAGCUGAAAAGAUUUGAAACCUUUAAAUCACUGUUGUGCCCCACAAUGUCACUUCACCAUCAUCUUGAAAAAAUAAAUCAAUACUUAACCUUAAAAGCCAUUUUAAAGAAGACUCACAAUCAUUAGAAAAGAUUCUAAAUGAUUUUUAUGACCUGGCAUCUGUAAAUGUCCAGGAGGAAUGCACUGAAAUGGAUGUUUGGGUCGUGCCAGCGUAGAAAAAUCGCCAUAAGCAGACUCAAACCUUUAAUCCAUCAGCCUUCAAAAUUCAGGGACACAUAAAUGUGACCAAGACUGUUCUUCACGGGCAUCGCAACCCAAUUUACUCCACUGUUCUUAGUAAUGCGGCAAUCAUGAACAUCAAAGAGGUAAAAAAAAAGAUAAGACUUCCUCCCUUUGAGGUUGUGUCCACUGUAUGUAAAUUUUUCUACAUUUGAUCUUCACUCCUGUCUCCUCUCUUCUGUCUCAGGACAUUUUUGAUGCAUUUUCUUACAAAGAAUAAUGGUUUGGUAAUUUGCAUGAAGUGAUGCAAAAAUGUAAAACCACAUGCACACUUUGAAGGAGAUGUACCUCACUAUGAUAGAUAUUUUUGUUGGAUUAAAAUGUAGGUUUGGUUCCUCAACUGGUUGUUUUGAAAAUGCAGAGUUUGGUCAGAAUUAUAGUCGAUACAGCAGCAGUUUAUUUUCAGAGAUCUAUAUUUUUAGAAAUAUAUGAAAUAUUCUUUGUGACUCAUGUUUUCUUUUUCUCUUGCUCAGAAGACGACAGGAGAUUACAUCUAUGUACAGAAGACAAGAAGCAAACAGUAUUAUCGAAAAGAAAAUCUUAAAUAUUUCUUUCAAUUCAUUUUGGUCCUUAAUCUUCUGCUGAAAUUCAAUCUGGAUAUAAUCUGAUUCUUGUUUUGCAAUCAAUGGAGGCCUGACCUCCAGCGAAAGACAGAGAAACCCCAGCCAAGAUAAAUGUUUCAUAUCCUCACCCCUCAUUUCUCAUCAGCUCUCAGGAAAUAAAGGACAAGAGAGGAAACUAAAAAGACCCUUUUUCUUCAACUCACUUUGGCUCUGUUGCAAUUCCAGUCCAGCGCUUGCAUACCUUUUCAGAGACAGGGGAUUGUUAGUGUAGAUGUACUGUACGUGAUGUGAAACUGUAGUUCUGCUGCUCUACCUUUCUUUUCUUCUUUGCCCUCUGGAGAAUGACUUCAACAACAGGACCGGAUUAAAAAUUUGUGUAUGUGUCUCAUCCUACUUUGAGAGCAACACCAGUCUGACUCUGACCCAGCAGAAACAAAGAGCCUCAGUGUACAAUUUUUCAGAUGAGGUACUACAGAGUAAUUGAGAUGAAUCUCAGUCAGUGUGUGUACAUGCUCAGCUUAAUCAGACUAAGCUCAUAAUUUGUUUAUUUUUUUCACCAAAUCGGACCCCUCUCCUUGUCUGCGUUUACAUGCAGCUAAGAAAAUUAAAUUAUUGAUGUGAAUGUGUCCUCCUCCCCCAAACUAGGGGGCGAUAUGGGUCAGCAGCGCUGUUUCCGACUCAAUACAACUGUCAACAACAACAGCAGGUCUGUGCCAGACACCAGAAGUGGCGACAACUGCUGCCGGGCAUUUUCGAGCGAGAAGAUGGAACGUUGUACAGAGUUGUUUUUGUCGUACAUGAUGUGCGCGCUACUUUUUCUGCAGAUGAGACGCACGCUACUCCUCUUCUCUGGUGUUUUUGUUCUGGGGUUACAGGGGCGUGGCGCACAUGCACUGUUCGAUCAUGCUCGACACAUACUCGACUACGCCGGUUACAUGGUAAAGAAAAUCAAUUUCCAAUCACAUUAUCUGGGUGUCUAAAUCUGAGUUUUUCGGUGUUUACAUGCACUUCAGUUGUCCGGUCUUAAUCGGAGUGAGGCAAUAAUUCGGUUUUCUCGAGUGUCAUGUAAACGUACUGACUGACAGUAUUUCUUCUCUUAACUCUUUUAUUUCUUUGAUUAUUUUAAGAGAUAACAAGUUACUGUUAUAAAAAUCUAUUUUGUAAUUGUACUCAAACAUCCAUUCACAGCAGAUGGCUGUACUCUGAUUUUGAGGUUUCUUUUAUAAGGAGGUUUUUUUCUUGCUAGCACGUUUCAAAAAAGCUAUAUCAAAAAAAAAAAAGUUGAAACUAAACUCAGUAAAUGUUUGGGAACAAAUGAGACCUGGGGUUUGGAAAGAGAAAUGUCUCUUUAUUGCCUGAUGUGGGAUUCCAGCUGUUCAACAGUUUGGGGGGUCUUUUGUCUUUUUUCUCACAUGGAGAGCCAAGUCUGACAAGUCCAGACUGCAGGCCAGUCAGAACUUCCACUUUUGCUCUACAGCUGCUGUUGUUAUACAUGCAGACUGUGAUUUUGGUUUUCCCUAGAAAAGACAUUGUCUACUCGACAGCAUAUGUUACUUCAAAACCUGAAUGUUGUUGAAGCAACGUAAGAGUCUUCCCAGGAGGGUAAACUGUUCAUACCAUGGGCACCCAUGCAUCUCCAGGCCAUAUCAAAGAUGUCAGAUUUUGAACUGUGUGUAGAUAUCAGGCUUGGUGCACUCUCUGCAGUCACUGAGUCAUGUCCGUUUCUAAUGCAGUGCUGCUUGAGAGACCAGAGAUCCCAACUAUUCAGUUCUGCUUUUUUUGGCUUCUUCCUUUUUGUACACAGAUCUGAAAAAUGCUUUGAGGCUGCUGAUAUCACAGUGAAUUGGAUAACAUUUGUCUUCACAAUCUGCUCAGGUUCGAGGUGUGUUUCACAUGGCAUACGGCACCAAUGAUAUUCAGGCACCAAAUUGCCCACAAAGUUCUGCAGGUUUGUGGAGUCUGCUAUGGUUUUGCAUUUGCUUGUUACUGAAAUGAGCUGCAAUCUCCAUGCUCUACUGCCCAAAGCUGUGCUGUGCACAUCCUGGCAGAGCUGAAUUCUAACCUUAUGAUGAGCUAAAUGGAGAGAAAACUUCUUAUCAGUUUAUUAUGGAGCCCAAUUAUGGCAAUAUUACAGCGUUCAUUGUUUGUGCCCAGAUUUCUCUCCUUUUCCUCCGGUGUCAUUUUGCAAAAAGAAGCUUGUUCAGAUUUAAAUAGGUAAAAGCGCACAGCUUGUGUGCACAGGACUAAACCACAGACAGACCAAGACUGAUUCAGCUCCUGUUGAUUUUGAGAAAAUUUGUUGAAUCUAAAUAAUAUUACCAGCUUUACGUAGAGAUAUGUUAUUUCUAGGUCACCUGGAGGACGUUUUGUGGUCUUGAUCAGCAAAUCGCGUUAUUUCCAUUAAGGCUAAUUUGCAUGGAAAGGGGCAUAUUGAAUGAAUGCAUAAUGGCUCAUUUAUGUAACGGCAGCACCAGCACACACAGACAGUAUUUCUUUGGCAGAGCAGCUUGUAGAGCAUUUAGUCCAAUGUGAAUGCUUUCUGAAUCAAACAGUGUUGUUUUGGACCGGUAAAGCAGCAAAUCCAAGUGUGAGGAAUAAAAACGUUAUUAGUUAAAAGUCAAUAAUCAUGACAACCAAUAAUGAAUUAAGGUCAACAGUUGAAUGUCUUAUCCAGCAUGAGGCUUCUAUGUUAAAGUAAAAAGAAAUGAAGCAGUACUUUUCAGAUCCUGUCGGGGGGGUUCCAGCUCACAAGAGCAGAAAAUACAUUUUUGGCGCCGACCCUUGAUAUUUGAGAAAGGCCAGAACCAAAUGAUCUGAAAAGUCUAGAGAGUUGCAACAAACUGAGCUCAACCUGAAAUGCACUGUACUGAGCAAGAAAAACAGGUUAAUGGUUAUCCCAGCUAACAAAAUUAGACCUAAAUCCAUUUAUCAGGUUUAUAGUAAGACUGUCAUCCAUGCAUUAGAGAGGAAGUCUGUUGGUAAUGUGUAGAAAACAGGUUCCAAGAUGUCUUUUCUGUUCACUUUGCUACAGCUCUACUGAUUAAACACUGUAUUUUAUCUUUGUGAUCAAUUUCAGGCUUUUUUAAAAAGUCUCAAUUUGAAGUUUUCGGAAAUAUGUUUAAAACAUCAAUUGGAGUUCUUAAACAACACCGUUUUGGAAAUGUCCUAUCUGCCUCUUGUAUGUUUACAGCUCUAAAUCUGAUAAUGGCUGACAGUGGUUACACUCUUACAUAAUGCUUGACUUGGUUUGGCUUUCUAUUUCUCAUUUGCUACUUUGCACCACUCUCAUUAUGCAGCACAGUCUGACGUGACUGUCAAUCUAAAUUUCGUCAAAUACUGCUUUCAGAUAGCAAAGGCCAUACAGAACAAUUGACAUGGAAAAUACAGCAUUUUCAUUUGAAAUUGAUGAGUAUUAUUGCACCAAUUACAUUUGUUUGGAUGUCAAAACAUCCUCUUCUCAGCUGAGAAGUGAAACAUGCACCCUUGCCGCUGAUUUAAUUAUAUUAUACAAUAUGAAAAUAAGAGCAGUUUUAAAUUACAUGCUCUGACAUUCUCAUUAUCCCCUAUAAUGGGAAAAGGACAGCAAGCAGUCAGAGCCAUUCUGUAUCCCGCUGUUUUCUGUGCGUGUGUGUGUGUGUGGGAGCUGCUCACUGCCAUAAAGAGUCCACUAAUGUUUCUGCCUGACUUCACCUAAACCCUCUGAGCUUUACAGGAUACUCUUUUAAUAUUAUUUACAUAGCUGUGUUAUCCUGUCCAUCAUGCACUAAAUCAUGGCCCCUGCAUGCGGUAUAUUACCCUGAAUGUGAACCCCGGCCUCUUUUUAAUGAACUUGUUUUUCUUUUUUCCCUACGCUGUAAUGCUCUAAAACAUAAUGCAUGUUUAGCUCAUGUACAUAACCCAUUGAAUAUAAUGACAUGUAUUUUUUUUCAACCACUCUUCACUCCACUGCACUCAUCAUCAUUGCACUAUUGCACUGCUGCCUUGUGUAAAUCAAAUGUCUAGUUCUAGCAUGUACAUACUUACCCACACUGUUCCCAUACAGCUUUAUGCUGCCUAUUUUUUUUCUUGCUGUUUAUGGUCACAUUUGUUCAAAGUUUGAAAUGGCAGAGAUUUACUGAACAUAUUACUAUUUGAAAAGGGUGUUCACGUCUUCAGAGAAGGGUGACAUUUUCAAAAACAGCGUAUGCUCACUGUUGGAAGCUCUCUGAUAUUUCGCCUCCGUUAGUGUGUGUCGUCCUCUAAGCAGAGUCAAUACAUUACAGGUGUCUGGUACAGACUGUUUUAAGGGAGGCACAUACUCUUAAUGUUUACAGUCAGCCUUAUGUGUCUUCUGUGUUUAUAUAAUACAAGCUGUAUGGAUUGUGUCAAGUCAGUCCAAAUAUGAACCAUGCUAUCAAGACCCAUGAGCACGUGUUUCUACACGUGAAGUUUAUUAAUGUAUCCAGCCACUAAGAAAGUAGAUAUCCUUUAUAGUAUUGGGACAGCAAAGGCUUUUGAAAAAUAUGCAAAUAUUGCUGCUCAGUGUCAAAUACUUUGUUCUGUCUGCAACAUAAAGUGAUUCCACUAAAAUCAACUCUUGCAUCAAGUCUUUGCAAAUAAUGCUAUUGUGGUUAUACAUGCUCUUCCAUCUUUAAAGGGAUAUUCCGGCAUAAAGUUAAGUUAGGGUCAAACAUACUGUAACACCGAGUUAGACACCCCCCUCGAGAGAUGAAUGUUGCCGACCAUUUGCUUCUCUAGUUACAACAACUCUAGUAACUACCGCACAAUAGCAAUACACAGCGGUCUGAGGAGCCACGUGCUCAACCAAAACGCCACUCUAUAGCCACAAAUAAUGCUCAGAACAGCACCUAACUUCAUCAACAGUACAUAAAGGGUCCUACCCAUAGUACUAACCACAAAAAAUCUUUUUAACUUUGCCUGAUUUCUUUAGCAAAGAGACUAAACACAACUCACCUACUCUUUUCCAGCAGCCGCUUGUUUGUAUAGAGACCUCCAGGUGAGUCCAUUGACUGCAGCGGGGUGACGCAGCUCAAGGAAGAACAUUUAUGAACAUUCCUUCAUGGAAAUGCAAUCAGACUGAGACGCUAAGGCAGAAAAACUACAGCGUCUGCAGUGCAAAAUGAUUAAUAUGAUGAUUAUUACUUCAAGGAAAUGAUAAAGUAAUGCAGUCGAUGGACUUGCCUGGAGGUCUCCAUACAAACAAGCAGCUGCUGGAAGAGAGUGGCUGAGUUGUGUUUAGUCUCUUUGCUAAAGAAAUCAGGCAAAGUUAAAAAGAUGUUUGGUGGCUAGUACUAUGGCUGGGACCCUAUAUGUACUGUUGAUGAAGGUAGGUGCUGUUCUGAGCAUUAAUUGUGGCUAUAGAGUGGCGUUUUGGUUGAGCGCAUGUUUCUCUGUGUUGCUAUCAUGCGGUUGUUACUAAAGUUGGUAUCAAGCAGUCGGCAACAUUCAUCUCUCGAGGGGGUGUCUAACUCCGUGUUACGGCUUGUUUCUCCCUAACUUAAUUUUACCGGAAUAUCCCUUUAAACCUGAGCCUUAAACACAGUGGCUGAGUUCCAGGAGUACUUCUACAUAGCUGUGGACAGAUUUGACUGAUGGAGUGUGUAUAUUUCAGAACAAACAUGACACCGCACUCCCUACCUUUCCCUCUAGUCCUCCCUUACUGCUGAAAUAUUUAGUUGAAGAGUCUUUGGCAACAGAGCAUGUCAGACUCUGAAGAAACAUUUACACAGUACCAGGAAAACUGCCUUUGUAUUUACAUCUUUAAUUAGUCCUGUCACAUCCUUUCUAGCCUGAUGUGUAUCUUCUGGCGAGAUUAAAGGUCCCCAAUUUACUCCCACACUGGCAUCAAAGAAAAUGAUUGCUGCAAGAUUGUUUCGCAGCCACCUAGCUUAGUUUACAGCACAGCUCGUGGUUUACCAUAAACUUGCCAGAAACAAGAACUCAACACAAGGGCUACCAGGACCUCUGUUUGGAUUUCAGGAAGGUCUCCAUGACAUCUGUUUUGUCUCAGGUUGCAUGUCUCUCUGGCCCUCUGGGGCAGCACGCAGUAUUAUGGACAGUGUCAUCUCCCCGAGGAAAUCCUCAGGGGUUCAGUCAGUUCACUUCAAGAAGAAAGAAAGAUUGUAGUUUUGGGAGGUUUUUUUUAAGUCCGGGGAAGACUCUUCAGAAUAAAUCAUAAUGAUGGAUGAGACCAUUAAACUCAGCCUUCAACCAGGUGUUGGAAUCAUUUCAACUUCACACAGUUUGCUGUCACUGUAAUAAACUUGUGUACAAUGUUGUCAGGUACAAUACAGAUCCAAGCUGCAACAUGAUGAUGUUAUCUCCCUUCAGAAAGCUAAUAGGAUAAAACUUUUGGAUGACUCAGAACUCCAAAGCAAGCAUCUCCACAUAACAUUUAAAGUUACUUUUGGUCAGUGUGAGUGUGCACGCGGGUUUAACUACAGCAACACUGUUUAUCUGUAUGCCCAGCAGGGGUGAAAGUAAGCCGGCACACAUCAGAACGCCAUACCGGGAAGACAUAAACAGCAGUUUACAGCUGGUACGCAGCGAUAUGCAAACUUUCACCCCUGCAAUGUAUGUAGUCUACCGUGUCGCCACUGUCAGUGUGCAGUCUGCAUUGUAACCGUUAUAAUCCAAUAGGAUUAUGCUGCUUGCAAGUGAGUUGUAUUCGCUUCCACAAACAAACAAACAAACUCUGUUCGCGCUCAGUGGGCACUUUUGAUUGGAUGCUGGUUGCCUAGGCGCAGGGGACCGCCUCCCACCUUUUGCGGAAGGAGAGAACUUUUAAAGAGACAGCUGCUUCAAUCUUAAUGGGGAGAUAAAACAAAAUGGAGAGAAAAAUUGAUUUGAUGUUCAAGAGAAAGAAAGAUGCAGCAGAUGAUGAUACUGUGGCAUCAGAGCAAGUUAAGGAGCAGAGGGGGGGAGCAGCAAAGCUAUCAGGAGUGGGUAAGCUACUGACAAAUGGUUGAUAAUGUUACUGUAUCAGAACAACUGUGUACACAGGUGUAUCUCAAUAAAUUAAAAUAAAUUCUAAUUUAUGGCAUACUUGAAUAAAUUGUGCAACAGAAGCCUGCAGAUGACUAUAAAUGGAAAGCAGCUCAGUAUGAGGAGUUCAGGCGUAAAAAUGAUAACCCUACUUUCACCCCUGCUGCUCAGGAAUAUAGUCUUGCUCUUCUGAAUAUCAAACAAAGUGGACUCAGCAGGGAUUUCCUAUUUAGAUUAUCUUUUAUUGCACCAGAAGGCAUUACAUUAAAACAUAGGUGCUGUUGCUACAAGAUAAAUGCAUAUACAGCUAUUUUAAAAUUAACUUAAGUCCUCUGUAGUUGCGUUGACCUUGUGAAAUGUUCUGAUAAGUGCCACUCUAUAGUAUGCAUAUCUUUAAAUAUAAUGGAAAAUAACAUGCUUUUGUACUUGUAAUAUGCAUAACAUAUGAUCCAUACUUCUAUAUUCAAACAGAUUGCAUAUAAAGAGUGAUAGGCUAUUUUAUGCAGAGUCUAACUUUCCCGCCUGUACUGUGCUCUAAUAUUGUGUCUCCUCCCUUGAAUUUGCACUUUUUCUCUCGUGUUUAUUCUGGGUUGCCCCUGAAAGAGAGGAUGAAACACAAAUGUUUAUCCUCAUACAAUACAUGUGAUAUGUCUGUAGGCAUCUAUUGUUGAAGCGAUACCUGCCUCAAAGCUUUCCUGAAUUCAAAAGCCCUGACAUGAAUUUAGAAGAGCUGUACAUGUCAAAAGAUGAGAUACACAAGACAGAUCCUGAGAGACACUUUUGUGUUGCGGUGUAUCACCUGUCUGUUGCCUGCAGAAGCAGGUGUUUGCAAAAUGCUAUAAUCCAGAAAACGGACUAAAUUAUAUGCAUCAUAUUCCUCCCUCUAAAUAUUCAUUAUUUUCACAGUGAGCGACGCUGACUUGACAGUGAUUAUCUUUCUUUUUGUUUUCCCCCUCCCAAAGGUUUAACGCUGCGGUCUUUGACUGACUCAUGAACACAGCUGACAGUGACAGCUCACAAAUGUGUGUCAUCAUGAUUGAUUCACUCUGCUGCAGGUGGUGAAGAUGAUGAUCAUCGUGGUGGUGACCUUUGCCCUCUGCUGGCUGCCUUAUCAUGUGUACUUCAUUGUGACGGGUCUCAACAAGAAACUGAACAAGUGGAAAUACAUCCAGCAGGUCUACCUGUCAGUGCUGUGGCUGGCAAUGAGCUCCACCAUGUACAACCCAAUCAUCUACUGCUGCCUCAACAGCAGGUAGGUGAUAUGAAGAUGGUGUUUAUCGUCUAAACAACUAAUUUUUGGAAUCAAGCGUCUUUACUUUUGCAUUCGUGCAUAAUGAGGCAGCGAAAAUUGAGUAAAUGCUAUUAUGAGAUUCGACCCACUGAGCCUCACCGUUAUCAGAGCAACAGAUUAAAGAUGAAUGAUUUCGUUAAUUACUUACUGGGAGAAUAUCUGUAAGGAGCUUUUAUAAUUAUCCCCUCAUGUUAACUGAGAUUAAAUAAGAUCAAAGCUGGUAAAAAAUUAUCCGUGAGAUUUCAAGACAAGCAAGAUUAAUGGCUUAAAAGUUCAGUUUUAUAUAUAUAUAUAUAUAUAUUUCAGAUAAAGGCAGAUGAGUUAGUUAGGCUUAGUGCUUGUUUUCGCAUGCUAAUUUCACUGCCCUAUACAGCUGUAAAAGUUUAACUUUUUAUUACCUUUUUUUUAUUAUCUUAUCAGAAAAAAAUUACAAAUACAAAAGUCAUGUUUUCAGAGGGGUCCUGGCCAAGAAACAGAUUCCUUUGUAAUAAGAUAUGGAAUUUAAAGGGGUUGUUUUAAAGCUUUUAGUUAAUAUCACAAAGAGAAAUCUGUCCUUUUUUAGAGCAAAGUCAGGGCUCUCAAACACCCAGUGCAAAGUAUCAUUAAUGUAGCAUAAGUGUCACUGUAAUUUCCACUCACUAGCCAUGUUUACAUGUGCAAAUUUUCUUGAUCUGAUUAAAAAUUUGGGGGAUCAGAUAAUUUCAAUCCACUGUUUCUAUGGGUGCAAAAUCAAAUAAUCCGAUCAUGACGUGCAAAUACAUGCACCAAGUUUUAUUCAGAUUAGAAGCAUUUGGACAUGCGCAGAGUUGUCUGAUUUCUCUAAAACAACCGCAGAAGAAGAAGAGUUGUAUUUCUGCCUGUGCUGUCAACAAACCAACAAAUGUAGUAGUGGCUCACUCUACCCAGUUCAGGAGUUUUCCCUCUGUUAAAUGUUGUCACAAGAUGGUGUCCUUGCUUACUUAUUUUACUGUUCUAACAAAGGCUGCACUGUGCGUGCAGAUGUGACAUCAUUACAUUGUAUGUACGCCUUGUGAUGUUACUGGAGGAGCAGACACGGCAUCUGCAGUUGUGUUUUAUGACAGAUUGUUAAUAAUGAAACCUCCUGCACUGGCCUCAAUAAAUAAGCCAAAGGUCUAAAGAGUGAAGACUGACUCAGGUAGGAGAGUCACAAUCCGAAAAAGUGUUUACAUGGACAUGUUUCAGAAAAAUGAUUGGCAUAAACCACCCUGGGAUACAACUUCUUUUCAAUUGAGCUGAAUUGGAUCAGAAUCUUCUGAUCGACAUGUUUACAUGACGCAUUUUUAUUCCGAUCGGGCUUUUAUUCAGAUUAUUUGUGCCCAUGUAAACGCAGCUAACCUUACACCCAGGACUCAUUUCUAAUGCCUACGUUGUGUAAAUAGCAAAUGAACUUGCCAUGUUGUUGCCUGUGGGCCUGUUGGUCUUAAACUGAGGUGUGGUCAGGAAAAAGGUGGCACAUUGAUAUUUUGGAGACAUAGAGGCUGCUGCAGCACAGACCAAAAAAAAAAAAAAAAAAAACUCAGUAAAACAGUAUUUUCCUGAAUGUCAGAGGGUGCAUUAGUGGGAUGAUACUGCUCUUGGCACAGGGCCUCUCAAAAUAAAGAAACCUUCACCACUAUGCAUAUUACAUGCUUGCUUCACCACAUCCCUGCAGGAGACAAAAACCGUAGACAAAGAGCUCCACCAGGCUCUCCAUCAUGCACAUAUUUUCUCCAAUACUGUAGAAACAGAAAGACACAUACAUGCCAUUGGACAUGAUAGUUAUAUAAAACUAUCAUUGACGUUUCCACAGAAACAAUGAGCAGUAUCCAUUAUGCACAGAUUACAGCCAUGUGAGACAGCAACAUAAAUAAAUUAAGACCAACAGCACACAGGAUGUCAGUUAUAAUUAGAUCCUGCCCAACACUGUUGAGCUGUCUUGAGUUUUAAAUAACUAAUGCUGUAAAUCCAAGGGAUUGUUUCAGGACAUACAUUAAUUUCAUGCAUUGAGAGAGCUCAUGCAGUGACCUUUGUGUGUUUUUUGUGUUUGAUAGCACAGAGGAAAGACAGCACUUAUGUGCUCCAGCUGAGCCUGGUGUUUCAAAGCAGAAAGGCCAGAAUCUUCACUGGAAGUAGCAACAUGCCCCCCUACAGGUGCAGGCACCUGGCUCUAAAUGGCGCACUGAUUGGUUUGAUUUAUAUUUUGCCCAAAUACACCUUGCCCAAAUGACUCAGGGAACAAUCUAACUUCUUGUCGUCCAAAUGUCAAGACAAAGCUUUGUCUCUCCUUGUUAAAACAAUGAAGCCAGAUGGUACUGUUGGAAAGUCGGCCGGGUACUGCCGUAUUGUGCUACACACACAGGUAUCUGUCUGGUGAAGCUCUCAGGAAAUUCUUUUCAGUCACUGGAAAAGUACAAUUGAUUAAGAUGUUUGUGCUUUUUGGAACAGUGUGCACCAUUUCACAGAAAAUGUAAGGUUAUUAAAGUUCCUAAACUAAUUUCCCCCCCUCUGACCUGAGUUUUCCCUCCUUCCAUCUCCCCUCUCAAUGUGACCAAAGGUUUCGCGCUGGCUUCAAGCGUGCUUUCCGUUGGUGCCCAUUCAUCAAGGUGUCCAGCUACGAUGAGUUGGAACUACGAACCACACGGAUGCAUCCAACACGCCAGAGCAGCAUGUACACGCUGUCACGGAUGGAUACCACUGUGGUUGUGGUUUAUGAUCCGGCCGAAGGCGGUGGUGGUGCUGGUGGCGGUUCUGGGAGGAAGCACUCAACAUCGUCCAGGAAGAGAAGCUACAUCACAUCUCGCCACUCCGAGAUCAGUGGAUGUAAUGAAGGCAGCACAAAAAUGCAAAACGGAGAGGCUCUGAGUAUUCAAACAGAAGACUUCUCUUUAAAGGUCAAUCCCACGGACUUUCACUCAUGCAUGUAGGAAAUGUCCCCACAUGCAUAAUUCCUCUGUACAUACAAACAGUGCAUGUCAUGUUUCCUUAUUUAGACUUAGAAGAAUUGUAUAAAAGUGGGAACGGUUGCUUUGAUUUGCAGAGAAUGACAACAUAUGGUCAUGUACCACGGACCGAAUACUGAGCAGGAUUAGUGGGCAGAGGUCCCAGACCCAAGAGUCAUUUCUGAGCAAGUGCUUCGAGUAGAUAUCAGUCAAGAACAGAGGAUGAUGAAUAUGUAUUUUAACUGAGAGAAUUUUGGCAUCUGGGCAUCCAAAUGUUUUGCAAGCAGCGUGGACAUGCAGGUCAGUAAAGGCAGCAGCAUCAGGAGGAUUGUUGACUCCAAAUUCUGGACUGAUUUAUGAAUCAUCCACUGUUCCACUAUCCUCACGCUUUGGCAGCACUAUGAUGUUUGUUUGAGUGUAAACAAACAAAAAUACUUCUAUCAACAGGACAGGAAAUUAUUGUGUGACUGCAAACUACAGCUUGGAAGUUGCAAAUUUGGUGAAAUGGGGCUCUGCUUUACCUGGUUGUUUUGUUGAACCUUUACAAAUCCAUUUCAAAUCGCUGGCAUAAACAAACUUCCACAGUUCAGAAAGUUCCCAAGCAAACAGAUUGAGUUAGUGUCAGAGUUUAAACAUGCAAAAUAUACCGCUGGUGCCCUUGAUCGGUGAUGUAUUAAAUGUCUGUCCCUUAAAACCCACUGCCUCAUCAUUUGUACAAGCUCAGAGCAGCCCUCUCGAGACUGGGCGAUGCCAGACUUGGUUCAAAGCAGUCUCCCUUUAAAUGGUAUGUUCCAGUUUUCCACUUUUUAAUUCAGGGUUCGUGUGCAUCGAUAAAUAGCAAUUCAUUCUUCGUCAGGAAAACGGUAUGUUCUGAAUAAAAUUAGUAUUUCAGUACAUUUGCAAGACAGUAUUAGUGAGACUAAUCAGAUCUCUAAAAGGACCGUCUCACAGAUGAUCCAGUAAUACGCCAUGGUAAGAAUAGUUAUGUAAGUAUGUCACAUACUUUAAGACUGAGCUGUGAACGUAAUGUAAAAGAUGAGAGUGCACUCUGCUUAUUUUUCUCCCUGCACAUGUUAUAUGUUCGUCUGCAGAGAAUCACCAGUGGAAAGCUGUUGAUCGAACUCGAAUUUUGUCACCGAGUUUGGCUUUCUGUUAUGUAACUGGGGAGAGUAACAUCUAUCCUGGUAAGUGGCAACAAGCCAGAGGCAAAAUCCAGCACACAUUCACAGCAGGUCGAUAAACAGGCCGCUGGAGGGUGAGGGGUCACUUGGUCACUGUUGGGUUUUUUCAUUUCAUUUUUAACUUGGUUUAAAAAAAAAAGAAAAAGAGUGGGGGCCGUUUUGUGGUUGCAGCAAUCUUGUGUGGCAUUUUAACUCGACUCUGCUGGUGGGCACAUCCAUUGUGAAAGCCACAGUGAGCUGAACGCAGAGCUGUGACACAUGGGACUGACAAUAUAAUAAAUGGAAAAGCACUCCGAUAAGUAGGAUAAAAUGAGCCAUAGGGGAAGAGAGCCCCUAUGAUUUAAUAUACAGCAACACAUGCACACACUACCAAUGAGGAGGUGAAGAUGUUAAGUGUGUGUGUGUGUGUGUGUGUGCUCUCGGGUGUCAGAUUAAGUUUUUUCACCAUCAGUGUCUUGGCUAUUAUUUUUCCACCAAACCAGUCUUUUUAUAUGGAUAAUUUAAAGUUGUUCUUUGUUGUUGUUGUUAUUUCAUAUGUAUUUUGAUAUCACAGACAUUCAGUUCACCAAAUAUUGAAGAAAUACUAAAAAAAAGCUUUAAUAUUCUUCAGUAGAUAUAAGGAAGAAACUAUAGAAAAUAGCUAUCCUUAAAUAUUCAUACUUAACAGUUCUGAAUGUUCAGACUUCAUGAAAGUAUUUACUCAAGAAUGUGAAAAAAAUGACAUGUUGUCCUUUUAAGUGGAAUUUCAAGCUGCUAUCUAUACUCAUGAUUAUGAAAAUGGUUAAAUAUAUAUAUAAAUAUAUAUGUGGUAUUCUGCUUUUGCUGUACAUGUUUGUUUUGUAUGAAUGUACAGUACAACGUGUGCCUCUUUAUAUCGUCAUGUUUUGACCAUAUAAUUUACGGUCUUUAAAAAAAUGAUGUUUAAGUCAGAGGUUGUGCAACAUUUCAUUGCUGUCCUUUAUUUUGGUGGACAAAGUUGUGCUAAUUCUAGCAUGAUCUGUCUAAUCCAACUGAAGCUACUCACUUUCUAUAUAAGCGACGGUAGCACAGAUGCUAGUGCUAGUAAGCCUGUAAUUUUUUAAACUACUGUUAGCCUGCUACCAGGAGGUUCUUUCCUUUACAUCAUGCACACACAGCCCAAAACAGUCACAAAGCAUCAAAAUUUAUUUUCAACAGGUACCAGUAUUUUCAAAAACUUGGAUUCAAAGUCAAAACAUCUGCGCUGUUGCCAGAUGUUGUUUUGAUCCAACACAACUCAAAUUAAAGUUUGUCUGUGGUAAAAACAUGAAUAAAAACCCCUGCAUACAGAGCACACCUAAUGAAAGCAAGUAAUCCAGAUUCAUGUAAUCUCUUCUACAAAGCUGUCCUGCCUGCACACAACUGCUCGAAUACUUGCUGUAUGUCAAACUAUGGCAUUUUGAGCAUAUUCAUAGAUUUUUUGCAUGAUUUCCUGGUUUUGUAGUCCAUCAAAAUGAAGGACGGCUUUCAGAUUUUUCCAUUUGAUUAAAAAAAUUCUGCCAAAGACGGAAAAUAUUCAGAGCACGCAGCCUCUGGUUUAAUUGCAUCUUUUUGGCUUAUGUCUUCGUCAGCUUCGAUUCUCCUUUCUUUUGGUAAUGCCCUGUUCUCUCUUUUUUAUGGGUUUUGCUCAGGUUGAAAAUAGCUCGUGUAUAAUCUUAAAAUAUAGUAAUAACAUCUUUUAAUAGUAAUUUCAGUUGGGGAACAUAAUAUAAUUGAUAAAUGAUUUUCAUAUCAUCUGUCAAAAGUCUUAUGUUAGACCCCGGAAAAGGGUUUUCAUGGCUCUGCACAGGUCAGUGAUGACGUGUUUGCAUUGUGAAGCUUUACUGCAAAGGCCUUUCUCCAAGUAUCAUGGGUGUUGACAUGCUUAUGAAAUGUAGCUGUGACUUGUGCCAAUGCAAGAAAAAAGCAGAGCAACAGUGUUUUGUUUUAUGUCUAAAGCAAUGAAUUUUAUGUAAAAAAAAAAAAAAUCUCCACUAUUUAAUUGUCUUAAUGUAUGUGUGUUUCUCUUUUUUUAAGCACAACAGGUGAUUUAAUCCUUGGAAGCAAACUUGGUCCACUAAAGCAUGUCCCCUCUUAACGGUUUGACUUAAUGAGGGUACUUUCAAAUCAAUCUUUGCUUGGAUCUUUAAACGUUUAGCAGACGCUGAUGUAAAAAGCUGUAAGCUUGAAGCAACUGCAUGCAAAACCCACUGUUAUAUUGGUACUUAUCUUAAAUGAAGGCUAAAUACAGACUGAAAGCUGAAAGGCAGACAAAUGCACUUCUCAAGCAGAAAACUUGAGAGUGAUCCACCACAGUAUAUUGCCUUUUACACAUCAAACACAAAAUGACUGAUAUCUAUUUGUGGCCUCUACCUUUUAUUUCUAUAGAAUCACAGUAAUCACAUUGAAUUUCUGUCAUUCUUGUCUGCUAACUUUAACUCCUUAUUAAUAUGAUAUCUUAAAUUUAAUUUUAAUUGUGUUUUUUUCAUAAAGCUUACUAGUUUUCUAUUCAUUUCUUGACAUCCAGCCCAUAAUUUGGCUGAGAUGAAAACUACGGUCACUCAGUGUUAGACGAUGUUAACUUUUACUGAAGUAUCAAUAUGUGUUGCUGUCCGCUGUAUGUCCUGCUUUACAGAAUUUGUCAAUAAAUCAUUCAAACUGAAACACUUCAAA